GCAGAGAGCGAGAGAGGUUUAAUCCAAAGCCUUAUCUCUCCCUCCCGAAGAGCUAUCAUCAGAAAUUUCAGACUAAGCCUCUGAGCUACUCUCUCUCUCUAUCUCUCGCUUCUCAAAUCCUUAUCUCUCUCUCCAAUGGAGCCCAAGCCUUCUACACCUGAUGCCACCACCAUGACGCCGCCGCCGCCGCCCUCUUCUUCAUUCUCAACAGCAACAGGUUCUUCUUAUUCUUAUUCUCCUUAUCAGUAUUCCGACGUUGAUGAUUCUCCAGUCACUUUUGUUUCAACUUUUGAUAAUGGAGACAAGGGCGUUUCUAGUGGGGUUGGUACUAUGCUUAGUGGUGAAAAUGAAAGACCAAUUGCCAAGGUUUCCUUGGAUGACGAUGAUAACGAUGAUGAUGAUGAUGCUGAUGAUGAUGACGGAGUCGUGUAUGGUUUAGGUGGUUCUAGACUUGGGGUUUUGGAGGUUCAGGAGUUGGGUAAGGAUUCGGCCGUAGUUGGGGCUGAGAGUUCGUUGGAGGGUUUGGGAACUGGUGGAGGUAGAAGUUCUGAGAAAGUGGAGGAUUUGGCUGAGACGGAGUCAAUUGAGAACUCGUAUCAAGGGGGAUUGGUGACAGAAAAUGGUGUUAGUAGUGAUGAUAAAGAAGGGGAUAAGGUGUUGGGAGGGUUGAAAUACGAUGAUGGUGUUGGUGAGGAGAGGUUGGUGGUGCAGAAAAGUCAGGAUUUUGAUGGUGGGGAGUCAGAGUUUAGGGCCAGUGAGGAGGUAGAAGUAGAAGUAGAAGAUGGUAAAAUUGUGGAUGGUGGGAAUGAUAAAGAUAACUCUGUCAAUUUUGAAGAGAAGAAUGAGAAGUUGGUCGAAGAAGAUGGGGUGAGUCUUGGCGGAGAUGAGUCAGUGGUGGAAGCUGUGCAGCUUAAUGUCCCAGCUUCAAGAGAAGCCGAUGUUGGAGUUUCAAAAGAACUUGAUGAAGCUGAAAUUAGAGGUGUAGAGCCUCCAGGAGGCGGGAACCUUGGCCCUGGUUCUGAAGAAUUUGUUGGCACAAAGUUGAUGCCUACAGAUUCUGAAUCUGAUGGAAAUGUUGUGGGGUCUGUUACUGGUGGUCCUGAUGAAGUUGAUACCAAGCACGUAUCAGCAGGAGAAGAUGGUGGGCUAAAAGCUAAUUCUGAAGUUCAUCAGAGCGGCCCCGUGGUCGAGAAAGGUGCUGAUAAUGAAAAAGUUCUGUCAGGUGAUGGAGUUGGUCCAAAGUUGAUGCCUACAGAAUCUGAAUCCAAUGGAAAUGUUCUGGUGGAGCCUGUUAUUGGUGGUUCUGAUGAAGUUGAUACCAAGCACGUAUCAGGAAGAGAAGAAGGGGGCUUAGAAGCUGAUUCUGAUGUUCAGAGGAGCAGCCUCGUGGCUGAGAAAGGUGCUAAUGAUGAAGAAACUCUGUCAGGUGAUGGAGUUGGUCCUAAGUUGAUGCCUACAGAUUCCGAAUCCAAUGCAAAUGUUUUGGUGGAGCCUGUUAUUGGUGGUGUUGAGGAAGUUGACACGAAGAACAUAUCAGGAAGAGAAGAAGGGGGGUUAGAAGCUGAUUCUGAUGUUCAGCAGAACAGCCUCGUGAUUGAGAAAGGUGCUGGUAAUGAAGUUUUGUCAGGUGAUGGAGUUGAAACUUUUGUUGUGAACCGAGUCUCUGAUUUAACAAAAGAUGAACAGGUGCAGGAUGAAAACUUAUCUAAUAAUGCCGGAAGUAGUAUUGAAGAGCCAAGCUCUGUUAUAAGCCGUGAGAUAAUGGUAGAAGAUGAAGAUGAUGAGAAACAACUUCCUGAGGAGUAUGAUGAGAUUGAUGGUUCGGGUACAGAUGGUGAAACCGAAGAUAUUGUCUUUGGAAGCUCUGCCAAACAGUUCUUGGAAGAGUUGGAACGAGCUUCAGGAGUAGGUUCUCAUUCUGGCGCUGACAGUUCUCAUGACCAUUCGCAGAGAAUCGACGGUCAGAUUGUGACAGACUCGGAUGAAGAAGCCGACUCUGAUGAUGAAGGAGGUGGGAAAGAGAUGUUUGAUUCUGCUGCAUUGGCAGCUCUUUUGAAAGCAGCUACAGGUGCUACCCCAGAUGGUGGCAAUAUCACGAUAACUAGUUCAGAUGGAUCCAGACUUUUCUCUGUCGAGCGCCCUGCUGGUCUGGGGUCUUCACUUCCUUCAGUGAAGCCAGCCUCCCGUCCUCUUUCUAACAUUUUCUCUCCGUCAAAUCUCACGGUUGGAGGAGAAUCAGAGAACAACUUAAGUGAGGAAGAUAAAAAGAGACUGGAGAAGUUUCAGCAGUUAAGGGUGAAGUACUUAAGACUUGUUAAGAGAGUAGGUGGUUCAAUUGAGGAUUCAAUAGCAAGGCAGGUUCUAUACAGAUUGGCACUUGUUUCGGGAAGACAAGCCGGGCAAGCAUUUAGCCUGGAAAGUGCAAAGGCGAUGGCUCUCCAGCUUGAAUCAGAGGGGAAGGAUGAUUUGGACUUUUCCUUGAACAUACUCGUUAUUGGGAAAACAGGUGUUGGCAAGAGUGCCACCAUAAACUCUAUUUUUGGAGAAGAGAAGACCCCAAUUUAUGCAUUUGGACCCUCCACAACCAGUGUGAAGGAAAUUGUUGGAACAGUGGAUGGAGUCAAGAUCCGGGUUUUUGAUACCCCGGGUCUCAAAUCAGCUGCAAUGGAGCAGAGUGCUAAUCGUAAAAUUUUAUCUUCAGUAAAGAAUGCCACAAAGAAAUGCCCACCUGAUAUUGUCCUCUACGUGGAUAGGCUGGACACUCAAAGCAGAGAUCUUAAUGAUUUGCCAAUGUUAAGAUCAAUCACUUCUGCUCUUGGCCCUUCAAUUUGGCGAAGUGCCAUUGUUACUCUGACUCAUGCCGCAUCUUCUCCACCUGAUGGACCAUCGGGUACGCCCCUGAACUAUGAAUUGUUUGUUGCUCAGCGGUCUCAAAUUGUCCAGCAGACCAUUGGGCAAGCUGUUGGUGAUCUUAGGGUUAUGAGUCCAAGUUUGAUGAAUCCUAUAUCUCUGGCUGAGAACCAUCCCUCUUGUAGAAAGAAUAGGGAUGGUCAGAAAGUGCUCCCUAAUGGUCAAGCUUGGAGAUCUCAGUUGUUGCUUUUGAGUUAUUCUAUGAAGAUAUUAUCUGAGGCAAGUAACCUCUCAAAACCACAGGAGUCGGUGGAUCACCGGAAGCUCUUUGGCUUUCGUUCUCGUUCACCUCCCCUUCCAUACUUGCUGUCCUGGCUGUUGCAGUCUCGUGCUCAUCCAAAAUUGUCAGCUGAUCAAGGUGGAGAAAAUGGUGACUCUGAUAUUGAUUUGGAUGACUUGUCCGAUUCGGACAAUGAAGAAGAAGAUGAGUACGAUCAGCUUCCACCAUUCAAGCCUCUCAGGAAUUUCCAGAUUGCUAAGCUGAGCAAAGAGCAGAAGAAGGCAUAUAUGGAAGAGUAUGAUUAUAGGGUGAAACUCCUUCAAAAGAAGCAAUGGAGAGAGGAGUUGAAACGGAUGAAAGAAAUGAAGAAGAGGGGUGGUAAGGUCAGUGCUGAUGAGUUGGCUUUUGCUGGUGAAGAUGACCCUGAAAAUGGAACUCCUGCUGCUGUUCCAGUUGCCUUACCUGAUAUGGCUCUGCCACCUUCUUUUGAUGGUGAUAAUCCAGCUUACAGGUACCGGUUCUUGGAGCCAACUUCUCAGUUCCUUGCAAGGCCAGUAUUGGACACCCAUGGGUGGGAUCAUGAUUGUGGUUACGACGGUGUCAACCUUGAGCAUAACCUUGCCAUUGUAAGUCGUUUUCCAGGGGCUGUUGCUGUUCAAAUAACCAAGGAUAAAAAAGAAUUUAACAUCCAUCUGGAUUCCUCGGUUUCUGCUAAGCAUGGUGACAAUGGAUCAAGUAUGGCGGGCUUUGACAUUCAAAACAUUGGAAAACAACUUGCAUACAUCGUCCGGGGGGAGACCAAGUUCAAAAGUUUCAGAAAGAACAAGACAACUGCUGGAGCUUCUGUGACAUUCUUAGGUGAAAAUGUUUCCACUGGAUUCAAAAUUGAGGACCAGAUUGGACUUGGGAAGCGAGUUGUGUUGGUGGGCAGCACUGGCAUUGUCAAAUCACAGAGUGACUCGGCGUAUGGAGCGAAUUUAGAAGUGCGUCUGAGGGAGGCAGAUUUUCCCAUUGGCCAGGAUCAAUCCUCACUUGGUCUGUCUUUGGUGAAGUGGAGAGGGGACUUGGCAUUGGGGGCUAAUUUGCAGUCUCAGUUUUCUCUUGGGAGGAACUACAAGGUGGCUGUUCGUGCAGGGCUGAACAACAAGCUCAGCGGUCAGAUAUCAGUUCGAACAAGCAGUUCAGAACAACUCCAACUUGCACUAGUUGCCAUUCUUCCAGUCGUCAGGAGUAUCUAUAAGAUCAUCUGGCCUGGGGCUGCUGCAGAGAACUACGCCCUCUACUAGAUUACAUGUUUUGUUUAUUUAUUAUUAUCAUUUGCUUCUCAUUUUUAUUAUUAUCUCAUUUGCAUAAUUAUCAAUCAGUCUGUGGCUUUUGUUUUUCAUUGAACUGAGAUGCUAUCAUAUUAGAUGACCAAAAAUGUUUUAUAUUUGCACGGUGAAAUGUACUGGAAAUGAAAUGAGAUGGAACGUUGAGGGAAUGUAAUAAAGUUUGGUAGCUUUCCUUUCA